AUGAUUUUUGUUUAUCCUUUGCAUCCUUUGGAUGUUUUGAGAUGGCAAUAAACAAACAUCCGACACCAAGGACGUAUUUUUUCGCACGCAUAAUUUCGUUUUCUAUCGAUCCUACAUAAACGCGUAGUUGCAGCAGACGGGAGUGCUUGUGUGUUUUUUUCCAACGUUUUUAUCUAGUUAAAUGCAGUACAGAUCGAGUGUGUCCAGUAGAUGUUCCCUGUUCCCACAGAAGAGUCCUACCACCGCGGGUGGAGGGCGCCAGCGGGCGAAACCUGCUGUUCCUCGGUUGGGCAAGUCUACUGAAGGGUUCAAUGUGGACUCUGGCUUCGAGACGUCCGAGUUCGAUUUCAUUGAUUUUGCCGAGGAUGUGUUCAACUGUCCGGACCCGCAUCCUCCCCAGUUGAUUGCAGAGGCGGCAGCUCUGUUUGGGCUAGUGGCUGGGACGGCCAAUCGCAGACAUUCCAGUGCUGCCCACAAUCGGUACAAGUUGGUGGAUAUUCCCCAUAUACCCAGGCGAAACGUGAACCCAUUCCACACGGGUAGAUAUCAAAGGCGACGAAAUCGCAGUCGAGUCUCGUUCGACUUUGACCCAUCGUCCCACGACCCAGUUGAUGAUUUGCAGCCUCCGAAUCAGUCGAGUGAGGACCAUCGCCGACAGCAGUCGCAACAUCUGCCUUCAUCGCCCGCAAAACAACCGCAGCCUCAGCCGUUGAGCACGUUUACCUCGGCCAAACCGAGUCCGACGCCGUCUGCAGUUGCUUCGCCAACAACCGCCCGUCAACCGAUGAACUGGAACCGAAGUGAUGCAACCAAGGCCCUGCUAGUCGAGGCAAAGGCCAUUGAACUACUCAAGUCUCCGAAUGUACUAGUGCUGCGCUUUCCUGAUCCGGAACUAAACAAGGAUAUAGUUCAAGGCUAUUCGACCUCCAUCGAGAACGUGGUCUUCCAUCGGCCGUCCACACCGCGGUACUGCUUGGUGCACUUAAAGCCAGAUGCCGACGUGGACCGAGUUAUACAGCAGCUUUCCAAGAUUUCGUUCGGAGCCGGGAAAAUCUCCGUCGAACGGAAGACGAAAAAUGUUGAAUCGAAGCCAAAGCUGAAACCGGAGGAAAUCGACCCGCUAACGCUUUUUAUUGGGAACCUUCCGAAUGCUGUCACCGUAUACACCGUGAAGCAAAUGUUUCCCACGGCCAGACGUAUCGACAUAGGGCACGCUCAACGGAUGAAGCACACUCGGUACGCCUUCAUCCGGUUCCACAACGUCGGUGACGCCAUCGCAGCAUUCAAAGCGAACUUCAAUAAAGUCAUCGACGGAAAAAAUAUUAUCGUCCGCUUUCGGCGCCACAAUGCUCCCAUCGCCAUGCCCGAGGAUACGAACACUCCCAAAACGCCAAAGAGACAGAAGGGGUUGGGACAAUUGUUUGUGUCAGUAGAGCAGAAACCGAUGCGUAACGUACGCAGCACAGACAAAGCGCACAAUUUGGAGAUUCACCAUUCAGAUACGUUGAACACCAUUCGAACGGAUAUUUUGGACGAAGAUAUUGUUAAAGAAGAAAUGGCUUAUCGACCUAGAGUUAAAAUCGAACCACCGGAAAUUCCAGAAAAUGACAUUGAAGAAGAAGAGUCCGAUGAUAUCGAAGAUUUUUUGGAAGACGAUGAAGCAGAAGAUUUGAAUUUGGAUGAAAUAAACGCUGACGACAACUAUUGCGAAGAUGACGACACGGAUGUGGAUGCAAUCGAUAAGAAUUACUGGACCUUGGAGCAGCUGCGUAGCAAGGCCAGUAAUGAUGGAACGGCUUCGGUGUCCGAAUCGAUCAAAAGUGAUAUCUUUAUGGAACCGGAAUCGGCUACCAAAACUAGUUGUUCUACUACGUUUACGACGAAGCCAAAGGAGCACAAACCAGUGUCAACAUUCAUAGUCAGUAAGAGACGAGACGAUCAGCUGCAAGACUUGUUCAGCUGUUUGGAGCCUGACGAUGAUUUAUCGCUUUAAAUAAAUUUCCUUGUUUGUUAUGCAUUUACCACGCACAUGUAGCUGUAGCCCAGUGUUAUUGUUCUUCUAGCAAGCAGCUUUCUGCUGCAUCACUUAGAAUAGGUUCGUAUAACUGUGCACUUCACUUGCAAUCAUUGAUUACCUAGAGAGACUGCUUUGCUAUCAAUAAGUAUUAUGUAUAUCUGCUGUAACGCUAUCGGGUUAGAAUCAAGCCAAAUAUGCUACGAGUCUCGAAAUCAAUAUUUUAAAAGUAAAUAUUUUGCCAAUUAGUGAUAGUUUAUUUAAGAAUUCCAAUCGAAUAUUCCAAUUUGCGUGAUAAAGAUAUUAUUCAGAACCGA